GAUGAAGAAUGCUACACAUUAGGAAUGGACCCAAAACACGCUCGUCCCGAUUGGAUGAUAAUUACAGUAUUACCUGUACCUCCUCUCCCUGUCAGACCUGCAGUUGUAAUGUUUGGUUCUGCUCGAAAUCAAGAUGAUUUAACUCACAAACUUGCAGACAUUGUUAAAGCUAAUAAUGAGUUGAUUCGCAAUGAACAAAAUGGAGCAGCUGCACAUAUUAUAGCAGAAAAUAUAAGGAUGUUACAAUUUCACGUUGCUACUUUAAUUGACAAUGAAUUGCCAAAUUUACCGAAAGCAAUGCAAAAAUCAGGACGUCCAUUAAAAUCAAUUAAGCAACGAUUGAAGAGUAAAGAAGGAAGAAUCAGAGGAAAUUUAAUGGGAAAACGUGUAGAUUUUUCUGCUAGAACAGUUAUUACUCCUGACCCUAAUUUAAGAAUUGAUGAAGUAGGAGUUCCAAGAUCAAUAGCACAGAAUUUAACGUUUCCAGAGAUUGUAACACCUUUUAAUAUUGACAAAAUGCAUGAAUUAGUUAGAAGAGGAAAUAAUCAAUAUCCAGGAGCUAAAUAUAUCAUUCGUGACAAUGGUGAAAGAAUUGAUUUAAGAUUUCAUCCUAAAGCAAGUGAUCUUCAUCUUCAAUGUGGUUACAGAGUUGAAAGACAUGUUCGUAAUGGAGAUGUCAUUAUUUUUAACAGACAGCCAACUCUACAUAAAAUGUCUAUGAUGGGUCACAGAAUUAGAGUAUUACCAUGGUCAACAUUUCGAUUAAAUCUUAGUGUAACAACACCUUAUAAUGCAGAUUUUGAUGGAGACGAAAUGAAUCUUCAUGUUCCACAGUCAUUAGAAACAAGAGCAGAAGUUGAAGAAUUAGCUUUGGUACCUAGACAAAUCAUUACUCCACAAUCUAAUAAACCUGUAAUGGGAAUUGUACAGGAUACACUGACAGCUGUCAGGAAAAUGACAAAAAGAGAUGUGUUUCUAGAAAAGGAUCAAAUGAUGAACUUGUUAAUGUAUUUGCCCAUAUGGGAUGGAAAAAUGCCAAUGCCAGCUAUUUUAAAACCAAAACCGUUAUGGACUGGGAAGCAGUUAUUCUCAUUAAUAAUUCCGGGUAAUGUCAAUCUUAUUCGUACCCACAGCACUCAUCCCGAUGAUGAAGACGAUGGCCCUUACAAAUGGAUUUCUCCUGGUGAUACAAAGGUUUUAAUUGAAUAUGGAGAAUUAAUAAGUGGAAUUGUAUGCAAGAAAACAGUAGGAUCUGCGAGUGGUUCUUUGAUGCAUGUUGUUUUUGCAGAAUUAGGAUAUGAGGUGGCAGGAGCAUUCUAUGGUCAUAUUCAAACUGUUGUAAAUAAUUGGCUUUUGUUAGAAGGUCAUACAAUUGGCAUAGGUGAUACUAUUGCUGAUCCUCAAACUUACGUGGAAAUUCAGAAUACAAUUAAAAAAGCAAAGCAAGAUGUGACUGAUGUCAUAGAAAAAGCUCAUAAUGAUGAAUUGGAACCAACACCUGGAAACACUUUACGACAGACUUUUGAAAAUCAGGUGAAUCGUAUUCUUAAUGAUGCUCGUGAUAAAACUGGUGCAAGUGCACAGAAAUCACUGUCAGAGUACAACAAUUUUAAGGCUAUGGUAGUAUCUGGUGCUAAAGGAUCUAAAAUUAAUAUAUCUCAAGUUAUUGCAUGUGUAGGGCAACAGAACGUAGAAGGUAAACGUAUACCUUUUGGAUUUCGCAAGCGUACCCUUCCACAUUUUAUCAAAGAUGAUAAUGGUCCAGAAAGUAGAGGAUUUGUUGAAAACUCAUAUUUAGCAGGUCUCACACCUUCGGAAUUCUUUUUCCAUGCUAUGGGUGGAAGAGAAGGUCUUAUAGAUACUGCUGUAAAAACUGCCGAAACAGGUUACAUUCAGAGACGUUUAAUAAAAGCUAUGGAAAGUGUAAUGGCAACUUAUGAUGGAACUAUAAGAAACAGUGUUGGUCAAGUGAUUCAGUUGAGAUAUGGUGAAGAUGGAUUGGAUGGGUCGGCUGUUGAAUUUCAGAGCCUUCCAACACUUAAACCUUCGGAUAAGGCAUUUGAUAGCCGAUUCAGAUUUGAUGCUACAAAUGAAAGACAUUUAAGACGUAUUUUCACAGAAGAUGUUGUCAGAGAAAUGAUGGGAAGUGCCACUGCUUUGAGUGAGUUAGAAAAAGAAUGGGAAAGAUUAGAAAAAGACAGGAGAGUUUUACGUACAAUAUUUCCUACUGGUGAUAGUAAGGUAGUGUUACCUUGUAAUUUACAAAGAAUGAUAUGGAAUGCUCAGAAAAUCUUUCAUGUGAAUUUAAGAGCUCCUACAGACCUGAGUCCAUUGAGAGUUGUACAAGGUGUAGAAGAAUUAGUCAAAAAAUUAGUGGUUGUUCCUGGCGAAGACAGACUCAGUGUUCAGGCCAAUGAAAAUGCCACUUUACUCUUCCGUGCAUUGUUACGUUCGACAUUGUGUACAAAACGAGUUGCAGAAGAAUUUCGUCUGUCUACUGAAGCAUUCGAAUGGCUGUUGGGUGAAAUUGAAACAAGAUUUCAUCAAGCUCAAGUACAACCAGGAGAAAUGGUUGGAGCAUUGGCAGCUCAAUCUUUGGGAGAACCUGCCACUCAGAUGACCCUAAAUACUUUUCACUACGCUGGUGUCUCAGCUAAAAAUGUAACUCUUGGUGUUCCUCGAUUAAAAGAAAUUAUCAAUAUAUCCAAGAAACCAAAAACUCCCUCUCUAACUGUUUUCUUGACGGGAGCUGCUGCAAGAGAUGCUGAAAAGGCCAAGGAUGUAUUGUGCCGUUUAGAACAUACCACCUUACGUAAAGUCACAGCUAAUACGGCUAUUUAUUAUGAUCCUGAUCCUCAACACACCGUCAUAGCUGAAGAUCAAGAAUUUGUAAAUGUUUACUAUGAAAUGCCAGAUUUUGACCCUCAGAGAAUUUCACCGUGGCUGCUGCGUAUUGAAUUGGACCGUAAACGUAUGACUGAUAAAAAACUCACCAUGGAACAGAUUGCCGAAAAAAUUAAUGCUGGAUUUGGAGAUGAUUUGAAUUGUAUCUUUAAUGAUGACAAUGCUGAAAAACUAGUCUUGCGUAUUCGAAUAAUGAAUAGUGAUGACAGUAAACUUCAAGAAGAAGAAGAUCAAGUAGACAAAAUGGAAGAUGAUGUGUUUUUAAGAUGUAUUGAAGCUAAUAUGUUGAGUGAUAUGACUUUACAGGGUAUUGAAUCUAUCACAAAGGUAUAUAUGCAUUUACCCACUACAGAUAAUAAAAAAAGAAUUGUGAUUACCGAAACGGGAGAAUAUAAAGCAAUUGCCGAAUGGUUACUGGAGACCGACGGUACCAGUCUGAUGAGAGUUUUGAGUGAAAGGGAUGUAGAUCCAGUUCGGACUUAUUCUAACGAUAUUUGUGAAAUAUUUUCGGUUCUUGGCAUAGAAGCUGUAAGAAAGGCAGUAGAAAAAGAAAUGAACCACGUAAUUUCAUUUGAUGGUUCGUAUGUAAAUUAUAGACAUUUGGCCCUUCUUUGUGAUGUUAUGACAGCAAAAGGUCAUUUAAUGGCUAUAACACGUCACGGAAUAAAUAGACAAGACACUGGAGCUCUGAUGCGCUGUUCAUUUGAAGAAACUGUAAGUAAUUUUCAUAUAAAAAUUUCUUUUAAUUGUGUUUAAAAUUAAUGAAUUAUA